UACAUUCCAUUCUAAAGUGACGUGUCACAGUUCUUUAAUUUAAUUGCGCACUUUAAGUAGCACAAACAAUAUAUGACAACAUAUCUUCUAAUCCAGUCCCUUUAAACCGUGAAUACGUUGAUUCCGUAUUGGCUCCCUAUGGUGGUAGGUGAUUGCAUCCCUGAGCUGACUUCAGAAGAUAACAAAAAUCAGCGUCUUUGCGGUUUACGGCACAACCAUGGGACGAAAGGUCUGCGCUGGGAAUAUCACAUCCAGGCGAGUGAAGACAAGUGAACCUCGGGCAUUGUACUUCCGGGUUAUGACAUCACUAGGUAAAAUCGUCUGGCGGAAGAAGCUAAAAUAUAUAACAUACGUUCCUGCAUCAGCUCUGUGAUUAAUCCGAAGAUGGCUUCUUCCAAACAUUCUCAAAGAGAAGAUGAUUCAAAUGCGAAUGCAUCAGACGAGCUUCAUGAAAUGUUAUGUGAGUCUUGCCAGAAAGAUGGUGACAACGCUAUUGCAAUAGGUUUCUGCGUUGAUUGUGUAGAAUAUCUGUGUAAAACAUGACUAAAAUAUCACAGAAAACUAAUACCAGGCCAUGUUUCACUAAACCAGGAAAGUAUGCCACAAGACUUUUGCUUGGAGAAAUGUCCACAUCAUGUAGAUGAUAUAAUAAAGUUUAGUUGUCGUAAUUGUGAUGAGUUUCUUUGUUUAAAAUGUGUUGAACACAGUCACAAAAGUUGCAAAGGAAUAAUGCAUCUGCCACAGAUAGUGAAUGGAUUAGAAAAGCAAGAAAAUUUUACACAGUUUGUCAGAAUUCAAAAAACUAAAAAUGGAGACGACAAAGGCAAAAGACAAAAUAAUAACUACAAAUAAAGCAAUUGAAAACCCCAGUACCGCUACAAAAACUGCAAUCAAAGAGCACUUUGGUGAUUUAAAGAAAAAGAUCGAUCAGUUGGAGACAGCAUUUGACAGUUCAGUAGAAGAAAUCAAACUCAAAGAUGAAACUGAUAUCAAGCCAUUCUCGACAGAAUAUUACAUGUUACAUGAGAAUCUGCAAAAACUCGAGUCUGAUAUGAACCAGAAGCGUAACUGUAAUGAAAAAUGCAUACUAUUUAUGGCGGUGAAGAAAGCUGAAAAAGGAAUUGUACUUAUCGAAAAGGAUUUGAAAACAGUGACCGAUGGCAGUAAGUUCGUGAAAUAUGCAUUUCAAUCUACAAAUAUUUUAGGAGAUAUGCUAGCUGAUGCCGGGAAUCUUGGAUCUUUGACUAUCUUGGACUCGGAGAAAAAUAAAGAAGCAAAAUUUGUUCGUAGCCUCAACGUAAAGUCGCAGAAAGAUGAUAAAGUCUGCUACAUAACUGGGGUAUGCGUGUUAUCGGACACACUUUUACAAGGGGGGUAUUCGAUCUACUCCUUACCACCAAAACAAAAUGGCGGCCAAAACUCAAAAUGUGAGUUUUUCUUACUUUUUAUCUUUUUCAAAGAUUUCUAGACCAUGACACAUGGCUAUCAACCUGCUCCACUG